UCUGUCGUGAUUGGAUCGGUACAAAGUCUACUGCUGCUCUCGCGCUGUGCUUCUCUCUCCCUCUCUCUCUCUUCUCUUUCUUAAGCGUUCACAGCACAGCAAAAGAUACUGCGUGAAACAGCCAAAGAAGACAGACAAUAGAGGAGUGUUUUGUGGCUUAACCAAACCACCCGUGAAUUCACGCUGAUUUUCAGGGGUUUUUGCUCCAUUUCUAUCUCUCUUCCUCUCCCUCUUGCUUUCUCUCCAGCUCUACUGCCCAUAUAAUAAGGUCAGAGGAUGUCCAGGCCUCUGCAUAGAGGUGCACGGAUCUCUGGGAGCAACAAUGAUUUGUGGGACUCUCAAAUGAAAGAGAAAACAGAAAAGGAAGAGCUGGAUAGAAGAGGUUCUGAUCAGAGUUAUUUUGCCCUGAGGUUUCCUUUUCGGUUACUUCUCCCAGAUAAUUCUACUCCUAAAAAUGGUAUCGCUGAAAAUGGUUUUGCAUCUGAUUCAUUGCUCGUUGGAAGUCCGAGAAGUAGGCACAGAAUAACAAUGCUGCUUUUAAAGCUCAGUCUAGUAUUGAUUGUAAUUCUUGCUCUCACUGGAUCCUUUUGGUGGGCGAUUUCUAUUUCUACAACAUCGAGAGGUCACAUAUUCCGUGGUUAUAGGCGACUCCAAGAGCAACUUGUUUUGGACUUGUGGGAUAUUGGGGAGCUUUCUCUGGGUUCCUCAAGGUUGAAAGAGUUGGAAUUCUGUCCUCAGGACUUUGAAAAUCAUGUUCCUUGCUUCAAUGUUUCGGCAAAUCUUGCUUUGGGAUAUUCUGAUGGCAAUGAAUAUGACAGGCUCUGUGGGCACGAGCCAAGGCAAAACUGUUUGGUUCUUCCACCUCUAAAUUAUAAAAUUCCUCUUCGGUGGCCUACUGGAAGAGAUGUCAUCUGGUUUGCAAAUGUCAAAAUUACUGCACAGGAGGUAAUGUCUUCCGGAAGUUUGACCAAGAGGAUGAUGAUGUUGGAUGAAGAGCAGAUCUCCUUCCGUUCAGCCUCUCUCAUGUUUGAUGGCAUUGAAGAUUACUCCCAUCAAAUUGCAGAAAUGAUUGGGCUGAGAAAUGAAUCUAACUUCAUUCAUGCCGGGGUUAGAACCAUCCUGGAUAUAGGAUGUGGUUAUGGUAGCUUUGGAGCACAUCUUUUUUCCAAUGAGCUCUUAACCAUGUGCAUUGCAAACUAUGAGGCUUUGGGCAGUCAAGUUCAACUGACUCUCGAAAGGGGUCUUCCUGCAAUGAUUGCUUCUUUUUCUUCAAAACAGUUACCGUAUCCAUCUCUCUCUUUUGAUAUGUUGCAUUGUGCACGAUGCGGCAUUGAUUGGGACCAAAAAGAUGGUAUUUACCUGAUUGAAGUUGAUAGAGUGUUAAAACCGGGUGGAUACUUUGUCUGGACAUCGCCGCUUACCAAUUUUCAAGGAGUACUCCGAACCAAAGAGCGUAAAAAAAUGGGGAAUUUUGUUCGUGAUUUUGCAGAUAAACUGUGCUGGGAGAUGUUGUCACAGCAAGAUGAAACUAUUGUAUGGAAAAAGACUAGUAAAAGGAAUUGUUACAAUUCGCGGACACCUGGCUCGGGCCCUUCUUUAUGCAGCAAAAACCAUGAUGUUGAAUCCCCAUAUUAUCAACCACUUCAAGCCUGCAUAGCAGGAGCACAGAGCCGCCGAUGGAUUCCUAUUGAGGAGAGGACAAGCUGGCCAUCAAGAGCUAAUUUGAACAAGAGUGAACUUGCUCUCUAUGGUCUGCACCCGGAAGAAGUUGCUGAUGAUACUGACAACUGGAAAGUGGCAGUCCGUAAUUAUUGGUCCCUUCUGUCACCAUUAAUAUUCUCCGAUCAUCCAAAGAGACCUGGUGAUGAGGAUCCCUCACCACCAUAUAACAUGCUUAGAAAUGUGCUGGACAUGAAUGCUAAUUUUGGGGGUUUCAAUUCGGCAUUAUUGGAAGCCAGGAAGUCUGUGUGGGUCAUGAAUGUGGUCCCUACAAAUGGACCCAACUACCUUCCCUUGAUCAUGGAUAGGGGCUUUGUUGGUGUAUUACAUGAUUGGUGUGAAUCCUUUCCAACAUAUCCGAGAACUUAUGACUUGGUCCAUGCAGCAGGACUUCUAUCCCUUGAAAUUGGUCAGCAGCGCAGGUGCACCAUGCUUGAUCUUUUCUCUGAGAUUGAUCGACUACUUCGUCCAGAGGGUUGGGUGAUUUUCCGUGACACAGCUCCCCUCAUUGAAUCAGCAAGAGCUCUUACGUCAAGGCUGAAGUGGGAUGCACGAGUUGUAGAAAUGGAAAGUAAUAGUGACGAGAGACUUCUUAUUUGCCAGAAACCUUUCUUCAAGAGACAAGCAAUCCAAUCAUGAGUUUGAGAGGGGGGAAGAAGAAGCUACAUUCGAAGAAGGAUUCUGUAUUUAUUUUCGGGGUGUUGAUUAAUCAUCAUAGAGCUCCACCAUGAAAGGGGGAUUGAUAAUUUUUGAACAGAAGAAUCAAGAAAACAGAGAGAUAGAGAAACACGAGAAUCUUUGUGGAAUCAACCACAACAACUAUGGAGCCGUAAGGCUUUCAUAGGGCCAUGUAAGUACGCAAUUUAUAGGGCUAUGAAUCAAAAAAGUAAGUACGCAAUUUAGGCGCAGAGCAAGCCAAGAAAACAAGUACAGGAUGAGAUUCAAUUUUCAUAUGUGAUGUCACAGUAUAACUAUACAACCACAUGAUUAAGAUUGUGAGGAAAGAUUACAGAAUAA